AAGCUCCUAAGUUGCACCAUAGGUUGUCAUCAAGCGGGCGCGCGCCUAGCUAGCUAACAAGGUGGCAGCAUCAAGAAGAGCAUCCUCGAUGCGUGUAAGAGCUGCCAUGAAGAUGGCAUACCUCCUGGCCUUCGCCGUGGUCUUGCUCUCGGCGUGCAGCCUCGCCUCCUCGAGGUCGCUGCCCUCGGUCACCACCCAUGGAGCCGACGCACAGCUGGAAGGUGGCCGAGCCGCGCGCGCCAAGCUCGACCCUCCAACCGCGAAUGCCGAUAAACCGCCGGAGCUCGGCAUCCGCGACGACGGUGCCAUUCAGACUGAGAAGAAAAAGCGCCAUGCCGAGGCGCCGCCCAAGCACCACGGGCCUGGCAAACACGCUCCCCCGGCCGACCCUUCGCCGCCGGCGCCUGAUCCGGACGGCGGCCAGCCCCCGGAGGUACCUGUUCCGGAGGGCCCGCACGACCAGAACCCGCCGGCGUGGCCGUUCCCGUGGCCGCAGCCGCCACCGGGCAACGACCAGUGGCCGCCGUUCCACCCGCCGCCGCUCCCCGCGUGGACGCGUCCGGGCGACGACCGGCCGCCUCUGUCUCCGUUCCCGUUCCACCCACCGCCACUUCCUGCAUGGCCGCAACCAGAACCAGGCGACCAGUGGCCCCCGCUGCCGGCAUGGCCGCAGCCAGAACCAGGAAAGCAGUGGCCCCCGCUUCCUGCAUGGCCGGAGCCAGGACCGGGAGAGCAGUGGCCGCCGUUCCCGGCAUGGCCGCAGCCAGAACCAGGAAAGCAGUGGCCGCCGUUCCCGGCAUGGCCACAACCGGAGCCAGGAAAGCAGUGGCCUCCGUUCCCGUUCUACUUCUACCCGCCGCCGAUGCCGUCAUGGCAGUGGCCGCCAGCACCGUCUUUCCACGGCGAGGAGGAACAACACGCAUCUAGGCUGGCGCCGCCUGUUCCAGCGCACAACUGAUGCAUGCGCACAAGUACACAACCGCCGAUUUUGCCCUCGCGGAAGGACACCAAAUAUUUGUACGACAGGAAUGAAUCGCAAGGAUAUCAAAUAUUAGACCGUGACCACGUAAUCAAUAAAGCUGGCAUAAUUUUAUAUUUA